AUGCUUCAGUUUGACUUGCCGCACCACGUUGAACCAGAGAAGAUCGAAAAGCCAAAGUUGCAAACCGAUUGCAAACCAGGUCAUGGGCUGGGGUAUGGACUUUCGCAGAUAAAGUUGCCGGAUGCUGUGCAGAAGUGCGAGGGAGGCAAACGUGUGCGCGGCAGGGAGCAGCGCAGAAGGCAAUUGCAGGAUUUUCUUGACUCCCACGAUUUCUCUGACGAUGUCUGCUCUCCGCGGAUUACACAAGGCGGCUGCUUUCUCUUCCCGGGGCCGCGCGUAUAUCCGAUUCACGUUGCCGCACACCUCGGCGACCAUGAAAUCGUUCAUUUGCUACUGCAGGCCAAGGCGGACCCUCGCCAGCCAACAUCCCGAGGACGUACGGCAGAAGAAAUCGCCCUCGAGGCAGACAGGUCUGGAUCGCAUCGCGAGGUUCUAGAGCUGCUGCAGAGUCGAGUUCAUGUAGUGAACUUUCGUGAGGCACUGGACUUGAUGCAGCAAAAUGACCAAGACAGGGGCCAAGCGCAGAGCCCGCAGAGCUGA